GAUUCAGUCCUCGGAGUAGGAGAUGGACUACUUCUCCAAAUUUCUUCGUACUGGCACGCAGUCGACACCCAAGCUACCUACAGAUCACGCGCAGGAGUUCCACAAGUCCUGGAAUUUUAUUAAUAAUACCCUGCUGUAUCCUGACGAACGGCAAUUGAGCCGAGGAAUAAAAUCCACAGAUGUUCCAGCUCACCUUCAAUCACUUGUUGAUACUCUUGUGCUUGAGUCGAUGCGAACGGAAGAAGGUACGACGGGGGCUUGUCUGGAGUACCUUCUCAAGAAUGAUGUACUUGGUACGCUCGUUCGAUUGAGCGAAACGGAUCGACCGUUUGGCAUUCAAGCUGAAGUUCUCCGGGCCGUACAGAACAUGGUCGUAUUGUUAGACGAGCAAUUCCUUGUCCACUCUGCGGUCCACAGAGCUGUUCUAAGACUAUUGCGAAAUUGUGUUGGAGAUGACAUCCAGGAGCAACUGGACGGCCGCAACAAAGUCAUGGGCGCCGCGGGUAAUGCUGUGAGGAGUCAACCAUCCGAAUAUGAAGAAGACUUGGUCAAUCUUCUUUGUAUUCUUUGCAGUCGUAUCCGGACCUACCGCGAGCUAUUGAUGAUAUUCUUCCACGACAAACAUUGGUAUCGGUCGGAGCCAUUGUUUUCCGUUGAAGAGGAGAAUGAGGAUGAUGAAGAUGAGGACGAGAACUUCAGAAAAUCACCACCAAGAUCUCCAUCUCCAUCCCCCUCCCAAGCAACCGUGACAUCGGCACCAGCAUCGUCAUUGACGAAGAAACCUGAGUACGAGUUUCUUUUGUUCAACUAUCUACUGCGUUUUGUACAUCGUGAAGGUCAAAUAGGCGAUUUCGCACGUGCAGGUUUACUAUUUCUCAUGGAUGUUGCCAUGUCCCCGGGAGAGCCCGUGCAUCGUCUAACCGGUGACGAUUCCUCAUCUUCUAAGUCGGCAUCAUCUCCGACGGACCCAAUCACGGAUGCCGCUCUGGCAUUGGCGGAGUACAUUCUCGACGGUGAUUUUUCAGAGGUCCUCGGUGCUGGUCUCGGAGCAGUCUAUUCCCUCCUUCCAACGAAACUUGAGUACCCUCCUCCUAAAAGCACUCUGGAGAAUGCCAUGGUCAUUGGCAGUACAGGUCUCGAAGACGAAGAUGAGAAGGAAAUGAUGGAAGUUGCCAGAGCCAAAUCAUUCGCCAUGGGAGUAGAAGAUGCUACGAAUCCAGACUUCCGAUCUCGUUUGGACCAUUUCUUGAAACUCCUGGAAUUCUUGCAGGAUGUUCUUCGGCGAAAUGUUGUUCAUGACUUUAUGGAUGCCUCGUCUCUUGUUGGCACAGCCAUUGUUCACUCCAUCCUUGAUGCGGUCCGCAGAAUAUUCCUCGAAAAUGUUUUGUAUCCGUCAGUGUUAGAGUGCUCCGACAUUGAUGGUAGUGCCGUUGCGGUCAUGUCUUAUAUCGAGAUCAUGAUUCGAACCCUGCAAGAUGGUCAGCUUGCUGAUGCUCUUGUUGACUUUCUCAUUAGUGAGGACAAUGACGAGGUGCGGCUGAAACCGCGUCCGAAUUCGGUGUUGAACUUGAGCACCAGUUCUGUGCCGCCGCAAGCCAGCUCGACGGUCAAGCAGCAGAAGCUGAGGCGGCGCAAGAGCAGUGCUAUGGCCCUACUGGAGAUGGAAGCACCCGAUACGCAGAAGCAGUCAGAAUACUUUACCUCGAUGGGCCGGUUUACUCUUAAGGACCUCCUGCUGACGAACCUCCGGUCAAAAUCACAGUCAACAGCCACAUCUGCUCUUCAACUAUUUCAGACACUACUGCUGCAACGUCCACAGUUGUGUAUAGACAAGAUCAUGAUAGUCAUUUUUGAUCCCAAAGCAACUAGUUUUCCCCACCCUGCUUUGAUAUCAAGCCCCGUUGAUUCAACACCGUGGGCGGAAAAUGACGAAGACGACGAGAUAUUCAUUUACCCUAGCUCGGAGGAGCCUAGCGUCCCUCUAGAAACCCCUAGUCCUCUAUUCUACCAACCAGAAACAACAUAUUCCACCCACGAGCGUGAGAUGGGCCUUUACCUCACGUUGGUAUCCCGAGUUGAUCCCUCGCACAAUGCUGACCCUUUUAGUACGGGUUACGACCAUUACCUUGGUGAUGCCCUAAUCUCUAUACAAAGCCAGCGCGCAUUUCGUGCUGGCCAGCUACCCGAUCCGGAAGCAGGACAGAGCAGCAAGCAUCGACUAAAUGUCCACGACCCCAUUCUUGACCUCAUCCUUGAGUCUCUUAGGAUAUUUUUCUCAAAUACGCCUGAAUUUAACAUUGCUUUGACGGGUGUUCUGGCGACGCUUGCAAUGCAUCCAGAUAGAUCGCUGGCUGGAUGGUUGACGUUUGCUGUCAAUGAUUCGCUUCCUGCAGAAGGAAAGGAUUGGUUAGGGACAUACGAUGACGGGGACGACCGCUCAGUGGACUUCCAAAUAGAAGAACGACUCGAGGCAGAAGCCCAAGGUCUACCAGCUUCCAGCAUGGAUGAGAACUCAAGACCUAUCGUGCACACAAUCUUCCAUGGACUCGUAUCCCAGUUAGAGAAGUACCGCCAGGUUGUUGAUGACUUUGACAAAUUUCUGCUUGACCGUCGGCAAGGACUGCUGUUUUCUGAGAAUCUCAAUGAUGCCUUGUCGUUGGCUAUCGAGAUGUCCGAAGAGCAGGGGCGACCUGUACAGCCGGUUGAUCCCAUCCCGCAACCGCCGCCCUCAAAACCCAAGUCCAAGCCUUCAGCUUCCGCUUCCGCUUCUGCCCUUGUAUCUUUUUUAACACCCAAAAAGAGCAAGGCUAAACUGGUAUCGUCCGAAAUAUCUACACCUCCCAAGGCUUCGGAGAACAAGAGUCUCUUGUCGAGCCCUUUUGGAGCUCAUUAUCAAAAAACGGGUUCCAUCACCGUGGAACCUCUUACAGCGCCUGCGCCCUCCUCGGGUCCAUGGACACCCACGAAGAGAACCUGGAAUGCCGAAGAGGAUGAGGUGUUUAGUUCAGGCUUCGCGGAUAACCAGGAGCCCAAUCCGUUUGUUGAAGAGGACGAAGUUGAGGUGAAGGAAAGUAUGCCCACAGUGACAUUAUCUCGAUUGCUGGACAAUGUCGUGAUUUUAGAGGAGAGUAUGAAAGAACUAGUUGCUAUCAUCCAUGCUCGACGAAGCUUGGGGAUUGAUUCCGUUCGAUAUUUAUAACCUGCUCUGAUGGAUUGUAAUAUUUGUAUCAGCUAUGUAUUGGAUUUGCGCAUGCUCCGAAAAUGUAUCAUAACAGUACUUACAUAUGUUGUCAAUUCUAGAAAGAGAGCUGUCUGGAUCGCUGUUCUCGAACGGUGCGGC